AAGCGUUACAGAAACAUGGUAUGUCCCCGAAAAAAACAACAUAAGCUUGGUGUUAUAUUACUGAAGCAAAAGUUAGUCCCGGGCUUGCUUUUAGUCUGUGAACACGAACAAUUAAGUGCUCGCUGUUGUUCAUCUUUGUUAUACUUCUGUUCGAGAAAAAUGCCUCAAGAUCAAUUUAUUCAAGUUCCAAUGGAUAAUAUCAGGUACGACCGCGACGACCGCUACUGCACGACGCGGGUGGUCGUGAAGCUGUUCGUCCUGGGCGUCCUCCUCCUCGCCGUCGCGCUCGCCGGCUUCCUGGCGUCGGCCACCUACUGCCGGGUCAACUACGAGAACACCUGCCUCUUCCAGGCCAGGGCGGCGUCCAGUAUUGGCGUCGCUGCUAUCUCGGCCGGAGGCUUCUUCAUUUUCCUGGCUCUGGUGGGACAUUGCAAACGAUCUUAUGAAAAGUGAGAUCUUAGAACUAUUGAAAAAAAAAGAGAGUAUUUUUUAUUCACAAAAUCUGUGCUAACUUUCGCACGAGAUUGUUUAGCUUUGUGACGUGUAUCAUUACUAAUGUUAUGAUUAGGAAUGAAAUUGUUGAUAAUGUCUGACAUGUUUUUUUCAUUAAAUGAUAUAAAAGGGAAAAUCAAAUA